GAAUCCAUUGUGUGAGGCUGUGAUGUCAGUGCUGAGGUCACAGAGGUCACCUGAUGGAGUGGGUUCCGGCCCAGAAGGCUUCAGGGGUGGCUGUUAGCAAGAUGAGGGCGGUUUGGAGCCCGGUAUAAGAGGGAGGACGGGGCCACAGCUGAUUGCUGUGUCCCCACAGACCUGGGCCUCCUGCUGCCCACCAUGGCCAAAAGCGGAGAGGCCCUGCCACAGGGCAACCCAGCGCCGAUCCAGGACCCCCGCCUCAUCAAGGUGACAGUGAAGACGCCCAAGGACAAGGAGGAUUUCUCAGUUACAGACACUUGCACCAUCCAGCAGCUGAAGGAAGAGAUAUCCCAGCGCUUUAAGGCCCACCCUGAUCAGCUGAUCCUAAUCUUUGCUGGCAAAAUCCUCAAGGACCCUGACUCACUGGCACAGUGUGGAGUCCGAGAUGGCCUCACUGUCCACCUGGUCAUCAAGAUGCAACGCCGCACCAUGGGCACUGAGUGUCCAGCUGCUUCAGUCCCUGCCCCAGCCUCCAGCCCUGGAUCGUUCCCUCAAUCGAGCUCCAUUUACCCAGCUGAUAUGCCACCCACCUUUAGCUUAGGUGUUCUCACAGGCCUCAAUGGGCUAGGCCUGACCUCCAGUAGCUUCCCUGACCAGCCAAGCUCACUGAUGUGGCAGCAUGUGUCUAUGCCUGAGUUUGUGGCUCAGAUCAUCGAUGACCCUUUCAUCCAGGGUCUGCUGUCCAACACAGGCCUGAUGCGCCAGCUAGUUCUCGACAACCCCCAUAUGCAGCAGCUGAUCCAGCACAACCCCGAGAUUGGGCAUAUUCUCAACAACCCUGAAAUCAUGCGGCAGACACUGGAGUUCCUGCGCAACCCGGCCAUGAUGCAAGAGAUGAUGCGUAGCCAGGACCGGGCGCUCAGUAACCUGGAGAGCAUCCCUGGUGGCUACAAUGUGCUUCGUACCAUGUACACAGAUAUUAUGGAUCCAAUGCUGAAUGCAGUACAGGAGCAGUUUGGUGGCAAUCCCUUUGCUACUGCCACUACUGUUAAUGCCACCAGCAGCAGCAACCAACCUUCGAGGACAGAGAAUUGUGACCCUCUCCCCAACCCCUGGGCUUCCACAUAUGGAAGCUCAGGGGGCAGGCGAGGCAGGCAUCCUGGAGACCAGGAUGCACCCGAAACUAGAAACAGGGUUCCCAACAUUCUGGGUAAUAUAGGGCUCUAUGACUAUCUUCAGCAAUUACAUGAGACCCCCCAGUCCCUGGGAACCUAUCUGCAAGGGAUUGCAUCCACCCUCAAUCCCAGCCAAGAACCACCACCACCAGGAAAUCGUAUCCCCCCAACUUCCUCCUCCUCCCAAGAACGUGAGUCAGGCCAGCCUCUCCCCAAAGAGUCAGCAACCAUCAAGGGAAAGUCUUCUUGCCCAUCAUUCCUAAGAUACCCCCCAGAGAGCAAUACUGGCCAAGAUGGAAGCCAAAGUGGUGCAGGGAAUGGCUCCACUAGCCACAGCACCAACAUGCCUGAUCUUGUCUUAGGGCUUGGGCAUUCUGCUAACAGGGCACCAUUUGUUCCUUCACCACUUUCCUCUGUGGCGGCUCCCCUCGGCAGCCCCGAGCAUGCCUGGCUGCCACCACCAGCUUUUCCAAGAUCUCUGAGGCCUACCAGCAUGAGCCAGGUCCCACAGUUGCAGGAUGAGAUGCGCCGGCAGCUGCCACUGCUGCUGCACCUUCAGGCAGCCAUGGCUAACCCUCGUGCCAUGCAUGCCCUGCUACAGAUUGAGCAGGGUCUGCAGGUCCUGGCUACUGAAGCCCCGCGCCUCCUCCUCUGGUUCAUGCCUUGCCUAGCAGGGCUGGGAAAUAUGGCAGGCAGUACAGAGCCUAGGGAGGGUGCCCUUAUGCCUGAGGAUCCCCCUCUCGCCCCAGCUCCUGAGGUUCCCCCAGCACAGGGCUCUGUGGAGCUAGGUCUCCAUUCUACCCCCUUCCUCCAGAUGUUGCAAGCUCUUGUUGGUGCCAAUCCGCAGCAGCUGCAGCCCGAGAUUCACUUCCGGGUGCAGCUAGAGCAACUGCGGGCAAUGGGCUUUCUGAAUCCCGAAGCCAACCUCCAGGCCCUCAUAGCCACUGGGGGUGAUGUGGAUGCUGCUGUGGAGAAGCUGAGGCAGGCAUAGGAGCCCUAGGUGGUCAGACCAUAUCUUUUCCUCUGUGCCUUUCCCCUGUACCCCACUACCCUAACUCCCCCGUUCUUGAAUGCAGCUGCACUAUGAACCAAAUCCACUAUGAUGCCCUUUACUGUGGAGACAAUGUUGUUCCAGAGUCAUUGAGGAAGAAUGAGAGCCAGAAACAGGGUGGGGGUGCUGGGAGUGACCCAACCACCCCUGCCACUGUACCAUCUUGGGACCCCAGUCUGAGCUCUGCUUAUGCCUAUCUUGAGAUGCAAUUACAUCCAAUCUCCAGUGUC